UGCAAGGCAGUGGCCAUGACUGAAGUGCCAUGCACACUGCUGCUGUCCACGGCACGGGGAGCGCCUGCGACACAGAAUGAGAUCCGAAAGAAGCUUGAGAACUCUGACGACCUUGUCAAGCUCGAGGGAAUGAAGGAGCUCAUUGAGAGCAUGCUUGCCGGUGGCGAGAAGAUGGACCUGCUCAUGACGGUCAUUCGCUUCGUCCUCCCCACCCGCGACAAGGCCCUCAAGAAGCUGCUUCUGUACUACUUUGAGAUGGUUCCCAAGAACGAGCCCGACGGUUCGCUCAAGCGUGAGUUUAUCCUGGUCUGUAACGCGUGGAUGCAGGACCUCAACCACCCCAACGAGUACGUGAGAGGCUCGACGCUCCGCUUCCUGUGCCGGAUCAAGGAGGCGGACCUGCUGGAGACGCUUGUGCCGUCGGUGAAGACGUGCCUCACCCACCGGCACACGUACGUCAAGCGCAACGCGGUGAUGGCGCUGAUGUCGAUUUACAUGACGUCGGCGGAUCUGGUGCCCGACGCGGCCGAGCUGCUGGAGGAGGUUCUUGCCGCCAACAACGACGAGGGUGUGCAGCGGAACGCGUUUGUGGCGCUGUACUCGUGCGACGAGGCGCGGGCGAUCAAGUAUCUGGCGGAGCACCUGGAGACUGUGAGCUCGUUCAACGACUCUAUGCAGCUUGGGGUCAUUGAGCUCAUCCGCAAGGUGUACCGGUCGUCGCCGUCGGAGCGGUCGCGGUACAUCCGUGUUGUGGGCACGCUCCUCGACUCGACGUCGCCGUCUGUGCGGUUCGAGGCGGCGAUCACGCUUAUUCUCCUGUCUUCGGCAGCGACGGCGGUGCGUGCGGCGGCGACGACGUUUGUGGACCUCAUUGUCAACCAAGCCGACAACAACGUGAAGCUCAUUGUGCUCGACCGGCUGGCGACGCUCAAGGCCAAGUACACGCGUGUGCUGCAGGAUGUGCUGAUGGACAUUCUCCGGGCGCUGGCUUCGCCGAACCUGGACAUCCGCAAGAAGACGCUGGACAUUUGCAUGGACCUCGUGGCGCCGCGCAACAUUUCGCAGGUCAUUGCGGUGCUCAAGAAGGAGGUGGCGCGGACGCAGGCCGAGUCGGACGAGGCCAAGGCCGAGCAGUACCGGCGGAUCCUCAUCCAGUCGAUCCAUUCAAUUGCGGUCAACUUUCCGGAUGUGGCGGCCGACGUUGUCGACCUGCUGAUGGACUUUGUGUCGGACGCGUCGGCGUCGGCGUCAGACGUGGUGGUCUUUGUCCGCGAGGUGGUCCACACGAACCCGCACCUCCGCAAGCCGGUCCUUCACAAGCUCAUGGCGAUGUUUGGCUCGAUUCACUCGUCCGAGGUCAUGCGCGGCGCGUUGUGGAUCAUCGGCGAGUACGCCGAGACUGGCGAGGACGUGUCCGAGGCGUUCAAGUCGAUCCGGUCGACGCUCGGCGACAUUCCGUUCCUGACCGACGACGAGGACGAGGCGGACGAUGAGGGCGCGGCUGCCACCGAGGGCUCGGCAUCUGCACCGCCGCCCAAGGCGUCGAGCGCGCCGCGGCUCAACGCUGACGGCACGUACGCGACCCAGUCGGCGUACUCGGAGUCGCGGCACGGUGACGUGGAGGCGACGGCGGCGACGUCGUCGCUUUACCCGCUACGCGACCUGCUGUUCAAGGGCGACUUUUCCUGGGUGCCGUCCUGGCCACCACGCUCACCAAGCUCGUCUUCAAGGCACUGGACAUCAUCAAGGACGCGAAGCGGGCCAACGCCAUUGCGGCGGAGAUCAUGCUCAUUCUCAACUCGAUUCUCCGGCUGGGCGCGUCGGGGCGGACCGGCGCGGGGCUGCCCGGCGGUCGGUCGAUCGACCCGGAUGCGUAUGCGCGGGUCGCGUUCUGCCUUCGGGUCAUUGCCAACCCCUCGCCUGUUCUCCGCAAGCUCUUCCUCGAGCUGUCGGGCAAGACGUUUGCGGCGCUGCUGGAGACCAAGGCGAGCAGCGCAGCUGCCGAGGCGACGACCGAGCGCAAGGUCAUUGACGUCCACGUCGACGACGUCAUCCAGAUCCCGCAGCUCCGGCCCAAGGGCGCCGGCGACGUCAUCUUUGAGGACGACCUCUCGGUCGACAUCUACCGGGCGACCGGCAAGUCCGAGUCAGCCUCGGACUCGAAGCUGCAGCUCGACCAGGUCUUCCAGCUCACCGGGUUCUCGGACGCGGUCUAUGCCGAGGCUUACCUCUCGGUCCACCAGUACGACAUUGCCAUGGAGGUGCUCAUUGUCAACCAGACGGCCGACACGCUGCAGAACCUGACACUCGAGCUCUCGACGCUUGGCGACCUCAAGGUGGUGGAGCGGCCGACGGCGCUCACCAUCGGCCCGCACAACUUCCGCACGGUGAGGGCCAACCUCAAGGUCUCGUCGACCGAGACCGGCAUCAUCUUUGGCGUCUGCACCUACGACGUUGCCGGCUCGUCGGCUAACGACAAGCACUGCGUCGUGCUCGAGUCGAUCUCGCUCGACAUCCUCUCGUAUGUCAUGCCGGCCACGGUCUCGCUCUCCGAGUUCCGCUCCAUGUGGGCCCAGUACGCGUGGGAGAACCGCGUUGCCAUCUCGUCGUCGUUUACCUCGAUCCCGCGCUUCCUCAAGCACGUUACCGAGUCGACCAACAUGCGCUGCCUCACGCCCGAGUCGGCCCUCGCCGGCGACUGCGACUUUCUCGCCGCCAACCUCUACGCUCGCUCCAUCUUUGGCGAAGACGCGCUUGGCCAGGUCUCCAUCGAGCGCCAGGCCGACGGCAAGAUCGGCGGCUUUAUCCGCAUCCGCUCCGAGACGCAGGGCAUUGCUCUCUCGCUCGGCGACAAGAUCACGCUCAAGCAGCGCGGGUGACCAUGGUGGCUGGUGGUGGCCUCGUAACACACAUACACACACUCAG